AUGGUGGACGCCGAGGCUCCCUUUCUCGAGGCCAGGGAGGAGCCGCUGGCCGGCGUCUCCGACUACCGCGGCCGCCCCGUCUACCACGCCACCUCCGGCGGGUGGCGCUCCGCCAUCUUCGUCGCCGUGGUGGAGGGCGCCGGCAGCUUCGCCUACUACGGCGUGUCGGCUAACCUGAUCACGUACUUGACGGGGCCGCUCGGCCACUCCAACGCUGCGGCGGCUGCGGCUGUGAACAUCUGGACGGGGACGGCCAGGCUCUUGCCGCUGUUGGGCGCCUUUGUCGCUGACUCCUGGCUAGGCCGCUACUGGUCCAUCAUCCUCGCCUGCACCCUCUACGUCCUGGGUUACGGCAUGAUCACUCUAGCAUCCACGCUCCUUGCUCAUCAAUCGUCACCAACCCUCGACAACGACUCCCCUUCACGUCCUUUGUCGUUGCAGGUGGCCUUCUUCUACGCCUCCCUCUAUCUCAUCGCCUUCGCACAGGGUGCUGACAAGCCUUGUGGCCUUUCCUUUACUGCCGAUCAAUUUGAUCCUGACCACCCUAGCGAAUGCGCAGCCCGCAGCUCCUUCUUCAAUUGGUGGCACUUUUCCAUAGCCGUUGGUAUAGGUCUCGCCAUUAAUAUCGUAAGCUACAUCCAAGAGAAUUUUGGUUGGGGAACUGGUUUUGGAAUGCUAUGCACCGUAAUGAUUUGCGCCUUCGUCGAGUUCUUCUAUGACCAGAUGCCUAAAGAGCUUCGUAGCCUUGGGAUAGCGCUCUACUGCAGUGUGAUUGGCGUCGGUGGCUUCAUAAGUGGCGCUCUCAUUUCACUCAUUGACCGCAUCACCCGUAGCGGUGGUGGCGACAGCUGGUUUUGUGAUAACCUCAAUCGCGCCCACCUCGACUACUUCUACUGGGUUCUCGCCGGCCUCAGCGCCACCGAGCUUGUGCUCUACAUCUAUUUCGCCAGAUCCUACGUCUACAAAGACAAAAGAGACCGUGCAGAGUGACAACCUGGAAUUAGCAGUGGAUGUAUUUAUGCAUCGAUUAUUCGAUGUAGUGGAUGAUCAGCAAACAUUUUUGUUACUCCACUGGAUUGUGGUCACUUAUGUGGUAGUAUUUGAAGAGUAUGUAUCUUUGGUUGGUUUAUGAUACUUCCUCCGUCCGAAAAUACUUGUCGGGGAAAUGAAUGAAUCUAGACGUAUUUUAAUUAUAGAUACAU